UGCAUAUGGAUAUUGUCGAGUCAGUUCGAUAUACAUAGUCGUAUAGUUUCAGUCAGUUUAAGAAGCUUCACGUGUUUAUAUAUACACUGAUUUUUUUCCUUCAAAUAGUAAAGUGUCAUAAAAGGCCGUCAUAAGAAUCGAAUAAGAGAAAAAAAAACAAAAUAAUGGCUGGAGUAUUCGAUAUUGAAUUGCACGAAGACGAUAACGUAAAUCAUGAUGAAUCUGAUGACGAUGUUAUUGAAACCAGAGAGGUAGAAUAUAGUCAUGCUUCUAAUGUUGACACAAUGUUAGAAUCUGAUAAUUUGGAAAGAGUACAAUUGUCAGAACAAAAUGUUAAUCCUGGACAAGAGAAAACUGGCCCUCAGGAUUUUGAAUUGUGUAAAAUUCUUGGCGAAGGAGGAUAUGGAAAAGUUUUUCAAGUUAGAAAAGUUACAGGCAAAGAUAAAGGCAGUAUCUUUGCUAUGAAAGUAUUACGUAAGGCAUCUAUUAUAAGAAAUCAAAAAGAUACAGCUCAUACUAAAGCAGAGAGAAAUAUAUUAGAAGCUGUCAAGCAUCCAUUCAUUGUUAAUUUAAUGUAUGCCUUUCAAACUGGAGGAAAAUUAUAUUUAAUUUUGGAAUAUUUAUGCGGUGGAGAACUGUUUACAUAUUUAGAUCGAGAAGGCAUAUUUUUAGAAGAUACAGCAUGUUUUUAUUUAUCCGAGAUCAUACUUGCCCUGCAACAUCUACAUAAUCAAGGAAUAAUAUAUAGAGAUUUAAAACCAGAAAAUAUUUUAUUAGAUGGAGAAGGUCAUGUAAAAUUAACAGAUUUUGGUCUUUGUAAAGAACAUAUACAAGAUGGUACAGUAACUCAUACAUUCUGUGGAACAAUAGAAUACAUGGCUCCUGAGAUUUUAACAAGAAGUGGCCAUGGAAAAGCUGUUGAUUGGUGGAGUUUAGGUGCUUUAAUGUUUGAUAUGCUCACAGGGAUGCCUCCAUUCACCGGUGAUGAUAGAAGAAAAACAAUUGAAAAAAUAUUAAGAGGAAAAUUAUGUCUUCCACAGUAUCUUACACCCGAUGCAAGAGAUUUAAUUCGUAAACUGUUAAAGAGACAAGUUGGUCAAAGAUUAGGAUCUGGGCCUGAUGAUGCAGAGCAAAUAAUAAAUCAUAAUUUUUUUAAACACAUUAGUUGGGAAGAUGUUAUUUCACGUAAAUUGGAGCCUCCUUUUAAGCCAUCGUUGAAAAGUGCAGAUGAUACAUCUCAAUUUGAUGAACAAUUCACUGCAACCAUUCCGGUAGAUUCACCUGUUGAAAGUACUUUAAGUGAAUCCGCAAAUAUGAUAUUUCAAGGUUUUACAUAUGUGGCGCCAAGUGUUUUAGAAGAAAUUUAUGCACAACCAAGAGUUAUAAAUGCCAGAAGUCCUCGCAGAGAACUUUUAAGUACUGGUUUUAGUGGAAGUCUUCACAGUUUAUCACCAAGGACUCCAGAAACGCACCAUCAUACGCCUUCUCAAUUUCAUCAACUUAGGCAUCAUAUAGUAGGGCACAAUAACAUAGAAGAUACUGAAAUGAUGGACGUUGGUCGACUACCAAAUCAUUUAUAGUGGCCAGUGUUUAAUAAUGCUAACUUAUAAGACAUUAUUGAACUUCCAAAAUUAUAUUGCAGAAUUAAUAUUUCUGCUAUGAAAAAUUGGUUAUGCAAUAAUGCUAUAAUGGUCCAACAUGCACAUUUAGCUAAUUUUUCAGUUUCUAUAAAUAUAUAUAUAUAUAUACAUUCUGUCAU